AUGGCGCUCGAGGCACUGCGCUUGGGGCUGUUGCUCCUGGUCUGCUGGGACUCGGCAGCCUCUUUGAACACUCAAUUUGCUCACCCUUCAGAAUACAGAACACCAAACUGCGAUCAGUAUAAAUUACCAGGAUGUCCCAGGGACUUUAACCCCGUGUGUGGAAGUGAUAUGUCCACGUAUCCCAAUGAGUGUACUCUGUGCAUGAAAAUCAGGGAAGAUGGUCAUGGUAUUAAAAUAAUCCAAAGUGGACCAUGCUGAUGGAACAGUUCACAGAAGAGAAAUUGGAGAAACCACCUUUAACUGCACACUAAAUGAAUUUCAUCUUCCCUUUUUCUCUUUUCCUAUGUU